UUUUAAUAAAAAAAUCUGAUGAAUAAUUUUUAAUUUCCAGAUGAGAAUGAAACGUACCUGUUUUUUUUUUAGUCUCCGUACUGGCUGCAUUGUUAUUGCAAUAAUAUCAAUAUUAUUUCCAUUAUUCUCAGUAAGAGACAUGAUGAUGUACGGUGAUAAAUCACAUAGAAUUGAAGUACCAUGUAGUCGUAAUAAAACAAUAAAUUAUUCUCGUGGAAGAGUUCGUUUAGAAACGGAUUAUAACGAUGAAUUGAUACACAAUGGAAAUAUUAUAUUUGCAUAUUAUGUACCAUUAAUAUUUUCUGAUUUAAUUGGACAUUUUUUUAUAUUUUUUCACUUGAUAUGUUCGGGUUUAUUGCUUGGUGGAACAUUUAUGACUGAAAAAUCAAGUCUUCUUCCUUGGCUUGGACUUGGUGCUUGUUGUACACUUUUACAUGUUGGAUCAGCCAUCAAGGAAUUGACGAAAUUACCAUCACUAAUAUGUCCAACUAAUUCUCUGUUAAUUUCCAUCAUCCAAAUAUCAAUAAUUUACAUACUUGAAAUAUAUAUUGUGAUUCUGGUAUACAGUUAUUACAAACAACUGGAUGAGGAAAUAAUAUGUGAUGAAUCAGAUGAAUCAGUUAUUAAAAAUCAAAUUAAUAAAACAAAUGAUGAUGCAAAUAUGAUUCCUGAAGUUGUAACGUGUACAGUUUUAAAUCAGAUGAAUUACAUUUGCGAGCCAAUUGUUUAAAUAUAUUUUUUAUAUAUUAUAUUUAUCAUCAAAUGACUAAAAU